CUGUAACUUUUAACAUGCUCUGAGUGGACAGUGAAAAGCAGAACAGUAAAGAGGAACUCCAGUGCAGUAGGAGAACCAUGGAGCUGUGGAGAAUAUCACUGAUCGUAAACCUGUGGCUCCUCAGUAGUAUGAAUCUACAGCAUGUAUUAGCUUUCAACCUGGAUGAUACCAACGUUUUGAGGAAAACCGGAGAGGCUGGGAGUCUGUUUGGAUUUUCCCUCGCAAUGCAUCACCAACUCAAACCUACUGACCAGCAAGUCUUGCUGAUCGGUGCUCCACGUGCGAAAGCCUUACCCAGUCAGAAAGCCAACAUAACUGGAGGUCUCUAUCGCUGUAAGUUCACAACGCAGAGUAAUGACUGUGAACGGAUUCCUGUGGACACUGAAGAUUCAAGGCCAGGACAGGGAUUAGACCAUCGGGAAAACCAGUGGAUGGGUGUGCAUGUGAAAAGUCAGGGUCCAGGAGGAAAAGUGGUGGUUUGUGCUCACCGCUACCAGCAGUGGAUACAUAGCAAUCAGCUGGUGCUGGGCAGGUGCUUCAUCCUGGAACAGAACCUGAUUGUAGAAGACACAAGAACGUUCUGCCGCAAUCGGCCAAGCGCUAAGGACCUGUUCGGUUACUGUCAGCAGGGCGUCUCUUCAGCUUUCACCAAGGACAAGAACUAUAUAGUAUUCUCAGGGCCUGGUGCUUAUGACUGGAAAGGUACUGUCCGUGUGGAACCUAUCGACAACUUUCUUCUGGAUUCCUAUGAAACCCGAGACCAGAACGAGUUUAGUGAAAGCCGCAUUCCUCUGACCCUCAGCAGCUAUUUAGGCUUUGCUCUGGACUCAGGAAUGAAUCUGUUAAAGAAAUCUGAGCAGGUUAUAGUGGCCGGAGCACCACGCUCCAAUCUCAGUGGUGAGGUGCUCAUCUUAAAGCCUGAAGCUGUGGAGGCUCAGAGGAGUCUCAGUUUAGCUCACAUUCUCCAUGGCCCGGGUCUGGCGUCCUCUUUCGGCUACUCGCUGGCUGUAAUGGACCUCAAUGCAGAUGGAUGGGAUGAUCUUGUGGUUGGUGCUCCUCAGUACUGCUCAACGGACAUGGAGGCAGGAAUAGGAGGUGCUGUUUACGUCUACAUAAACCGCAGAGAUGGUCGAGACUGGGACCAGUUAGAGCCAGAUAUUCUUACUGGAAAUAAAGACUCCAUGUUUGGACUAGUGGUGGCAAACACUGGGGACAUCAAUCAGGAUGGAUAUAAUGAUUUUGCCGUUGGAGCACCUUAUGAUAAUGAUGGUGAUGGUGCAGUGUAUAUUUAUUUCAGCAAAACUGGACAUUUUUCACAAAAAGACUUCCAAGUUUUACAGGGUAAAGACCAUCAAAUCAAGCUGUUUGGUUAUUCCCUGGCUGGAAACAUGGAUAUAGAUGGGAACGGCUAUCCGGACUUAGCCGUGGGCUCACUUUCUGACAGCGUACUUGUCUACAGAGCUAAACCAGUGAUUAGCAUGGAGAAAUCCUUGACAUUAACACCUAGUGAGAUAAACUUCCAGGAAAGAGACUGCCAUAAAGGUCACUGCAUUAUAACAGCUGAAUCCUGCUUCUCCUACACAAGCUAUCCAACGACAUAUAACCCCAGACUACAGAUUCUCUAUAAGCUGAACGCUGAUGAACGGUGGGUUCAGGAAGGUCAUCAGUCCCGGCUGGUUUUCCAGAACAAUCGUGAAGGAAACAUUGAGCUCCAGACACAGGGUCAAAAACAAUGCGUCCAAACCCGCCUCCGUCUCCGGGCUGACACGGAGGACAAGCUUACAGAAAUCGCUGUCAGUGUGUCAGUGUCUCUGCCGCAGUACAGUCCUCCUCAGAUGCUGAGACAAAGCUCUCUACCUGCUCUCCAGCCAGUGCUCAAUGGUCUCCAGCCUCGGGAAAGCACAGCGAAAUUCAUGUUUUUGAACCCUGGCUGUGGAAGUGAUAAUAUCUGCCAGAGUAACCUGCAGCUACAGUACAGCUUCUGCACCAAAGAUCAACAUCAGGACUCAUGUUCACCACUAGCCAGGGAGGAUGGAGUGGCGGUAAUCUCCCCCGGUUCUGGGAACACGGCCCUGGAGAUCACUGUAACGAAUCCCGGAGGAGAUGAUGCUCAUCUCACUCAACUGGUCGCAAACUUUCCAGAAGCUAUACCGUUAUCAUCGGUCAUCUUCAAACCAGAUAGUAAAUUAGAUGUGCAGUGUGACGUGGACGGGACUAAAACCAGAGCAGAAUGUAAUCUCGGGAACCCUUUUAAAAGAAAUGCCGAGGUAACGUUUUAUCUCUUGCUAAACUCGGACCGUCUGACCCCGAGCAUAACGGACGUCAACAUGACACUGAAUCUCCAGACGAUCAGCGCGCAAAAUAUUUCAGAACUCGUCGCAGAGGCUCGAGUUUUCUUUGAGCUGUACCUGCAAGUGUUUGGACUGGCCAAACCUUCUCAAGUAAACUAUCGAGAAGAGGAGAAGAGCGAAUCAGAGGAGCAGAUCGGAGAACCUGUGCAGUAUGAGUUCACGAUCAGUAACAUGGGUCGACCUCUGAAGUCCUUCGCCACUGUGACCCUCAACAUCCAGUGGCCAAAAGAGAACAAAGAAGGCAAGUGGCUCUUGUACCUGCUGCAGAUCACCGGACCGAACAAGCAGAGCAUCCCGUGCAGCCCAGCCUCGGAAAUCAGCCCUCUCAAACAUGCUCAGAAGGUGAUGUCCAGAGAAAAACGUCAAACGGUAAAUGAAGGGAAGGCCUCAGCUUUCAGCACUGAUAGACUCCUGUCCUUAUUUGGAAGCAAAAGACAUUACAAAUAUCUGACAUGUGAUGACGAAUUAAAGUGUGUGGAGCUCCGAUGCCCCCUAAAGGCAGCAGACAGAACUGCAGUUACUCUGCACUCUCGACUGUGGAGCAGCACUUUCGUUGAGGAAUACAGCUCCCUGAAAUAUCUGGACAUUGUACUGAAUGCGUCUCUCAGCCUCGAUGGAUCUCAGAAGAACAUCAGGCUUCGGAGAUCUCAAACACAGGUGAGACUAACAGUGUUCCCAGAGAAGAAGCCGACUUUCCUGAGUCGAGUCCCCUGGUGGGUGAUUCUGCUCAGUGUGGUGCUCACUCUGCUGCUCCUCAGCCUCCUCAUCUACUUCCUGUCCAAGCUGGGAUUCCUCGACUGUACGAUGUGUACUGAAGUUAAAGGAUAUCACACCUUUAAUCAAUAUCAUACUACAAAAUAGACGUCUAUGGACUAUGUGGACUAAAGGCUUUUGUGGUUCAGUGGAAAAUCUAAAAUGAUUGUAAAUGUGAUGGAUAUUGUUUUAACUCCCAUAAUUUCUAACAUUUGUAAUUGAUGUGUAAUGGUUUUAUUAUUCAAUUGCAAAUUGUAGAUACUAUUUUGUAGUGUGUGUGUGUGUGUGUGUGUGUUCCUGCUCCACGAAUGUUAUCUGAUUUUAAUAGGGUACAUGAGCCAGUGGUGAGGGAAUGAGUGAAUUUUUUAUCAGUUUCAGUUUCAUCAACAUCAUUUAUCAUCAUCACUGAUGUCAUAUCAUCAUCAUCAUUAUCAUCAUCAUCAUCUUCAUCAUCAUCAUCAACAUCAGGAUCAGCAUCAUCAUAAACAUUAGUAUCAUCAAAAAACUUCAUCGUUAACAUCAUAAUAAGCAUUCUUAUUCUCAUCAUCGUCAUCAUCAUCAUCAUCAUCAUCAACAUGCAAGUCCAACAUCCAAGCUUCAUUGUCUUCAUCAUCAGGACCAUCAUAAUCAGAUGUCAUGACUGUCACCAUCAAUGGCAUCAUCAUCAUCAUCAUCAUCAU